AAUCCAGCCAUGUCGUGCGCACCUCAGAGCGCCGUGGUAUUCUCGCUAGGUCUGUUGACCGGAACAGGGACCACCUUGAUGUCCAAGAUCAUGUACGACAUCGACGCCGUGGGUCUGGACGGCGAAACCCGCAAAUUUGAAAAACCUAUCUUUCAAACGCUGCUCAUGUUUGUCGCCAUGAUCUUCGCCUUGCCGAUCCAGUGGGCAUAUCACUGGCAUUUAGAUCGCAAAUGGCACGCCAAUGGAGGCAAAUCCAGUGGAUGUACGCACAACGAUCAAACCUCCUUGACCACCACUCGUUCUCACUCGUCCUUGUUCUGUACAGUCAAACGACCGUCGCGCAUUCCCAUCCGAACGUACUUCGUCCUGGCGCUUCCUGCCGCGUUCGACCUGCUGGGGACGUACUUGGCCAACCUUGGGUUGCUGUACGUGACUGUGAGCGUGUUCCAGCUCAUGAAGUGCACCGUGAUCAUCUUUGUGGCGCUGCUCAAGGUGGUGGUGCUGGGCGAGCACUUGAAGCGUUACAUGUGGAUUGGCAUUGGCAUGAACACGUUGGCGGCGCUCAUGGUUGGGUUCUCCAGUUUCCAAGACACGGAGGAGCAGUUGAACAACAAUGAAAACCCAGGCUUGGGGAUCAUCAUGAUUGUGCUCAGCUGCUUUGUGCAGUCGGCGCAGUACGUGUUUGAGGAGAAGCUGAUGGGCGACGGCAUCGACACGGCGCCGCCCUUGAUCGUUGUGGGCAUGGAGGGGCUGUGGGGCCUGCUCAUGUCGCUCCUCGUCGUGUACCCGAUUGCGUACUUUGUACCUGGCAGCGACCUCGGCUCGUACGAGCGCAUCGACGACGCGUGGUUCAUGCUUGCCCACAACCAGACCGCGCAGAUCGCUGCCGCCAUCUUCCUCGUGGUCAUCUUGGGCUACAACGUGUUUGCAGUGUUUGUCACGUUCUUGCUCAACUCGAUCUGGCAUGCCAUCCUCGACAACUUCCGCCCCAUCACCGUGUGGGCUACGGACUUGAGUCUGUUUUACAUCUUUACGCCCAAGACGUUUGGCGAAGCGUGGACGCCGUGGAGCUACUUGGAACUGGCGGGCAUGUUUACGCUGUUGCUAGGCACGGCCGUGUACAACGGCACGAUCCCGCUGCCCGGCCACACGUACGAUGAAGUUUUGUUUGCCGACCCCAACACCCCUAUCCGCACGUCACUGGCCAUGACCAGCUCGUCGCUGUCCCGAAGCCCGCUGCUCACGCGAAACGCGAUCAAGGCCGCGGAAGUCGCCAGCCGGACGCCCAACCCCGCCGACCGCGAGCGUGUGCGCAAGGAAUACAUGACGGAAUACCAAGGAAGGAAUGACAAGGAUCCCAACAGCGUUCGGCGACGACUCGACCCCGCAGGACACAACUAUGGCUCCAUGGAGACGUAAUCACAAUACAAAAUAUUAGGGGGUGGGUUCGACGAGAGCUAUGUGUGUAUACGUAUAGGUUGUAUCGUAUGCAUGCCGAGUUUGCAACUGUUUGUACUGAACCAUCAUUCCCAGUGUGUAUGGACAAUUGAACGACCAUAUAUAUACAUGCACCGACCCAUGCCCAUCAUGCCUUGAUAUCCCUGUGGCGACCGGCCGUGGAAAUGCUAACGUUCCCGGCGAUUUUGCGAUAACAUUAUGCGCUUGGAAUGGCCACUGGUGAAGAAGUUACCUGGCAUGUAAACUGAUCGUGGUGGGUGUUGAAGUUGACGCUGUACACACAUGUCACCGACCAGGUUGGUCGCUCUGAACUCCGUCCCUCGUCCAGCAUCCCUCGCGGACUGCCGAGCAAGGUGCGCUUGUCAUGGAGACGUUUCAUGAGACUGUCAUUGGCCACCGAUUGAUUGGACUUAGCACAUCACGGAUCUUUAUCAUGUGGGGGUUGAAAUAUGGAACCCCCCCGCAAAGAUAUUGCGAGCUUCUAUUUUCACUGCCACCGUGUACUUCAAUGUGGCCGACUAUUAUAUUUCAUGGGUCCCCCCACAACACUUUUUGUUUUUUUCGUCAUAAAACGUCUUGCGUCAAGCACGAACGUCGCACAGCUUCUUCACACAGGGCUGGGUGACACGUGUCGGUCGCGCUUUUGUCUGUCUCGACCGUUGCUUCCCCAAGGAAACGAAUACCCCACGUGCUUUGAAUGUGCAUCGACGAUGCCUUCCUUCGUCGAAGACGUGCCGCCGAUUGCGUCUAGUCCCAGGUUAUGGCGGCAACUUGGGAUUUUUGAAAUGACGUUUUUUGCGUUUUACACCGUCCCAGCCACAUCUCGUUUCUCCUGGUACGUGGAAAUUCUCGAACCCGUGGGUAUACUAUAAAACUUCGGUGGGUGAUCCAUUAUCACCAACCAAAAGGUGGGCCUGUCGCGCAAAACUUGUAGAAUUCUUUGAUUGGAUGGAUAAUUCGUGAAAAUACGAUGAUUGGCUAA